ACUGUGUUCAAAAUAUUACCAUGCCAUGGGGUUUGUUUGGUAACUUAAUUUGUGCCAUUAUUACUCGAAUGUUCCACGGAAAUCAUCGUAAUUCGACAUUUUCUACCCAGUUUAUGUACCCCAAUGUACAUAAACACAACCUGCAGCAGUCUCUACCACCAAUCCGUUCUGGUCAAGACAUAAUUCAGCCAUCUCAAUUUGCUAGAAACAUCGGUGUGAUAUUUGACAGUAUCAUGACUAUGCCUCCGCAUAUCAAGUCUAUUUGUAAAUCAGCCUCUUAUCAUCUGCGCAACAUCUCCCGGAUAAGGAAAUUCUUAUCUACGAAAACCACCGAGAUCUUGGUCCAUGCUUUUGUGUCUUCCAAACUCGACCACUGCAACUCUCUUUUGAACAAUGUACCGAAGUGUGCUUUAAAAAAGCUCCAGUCUGUUCAGAACGCCGCUGCCCGACUUAUCACCUGUUCUCGAAAGUACGACCACAUCACUCCAGUACUGAAAGAAUUACACUGGCUUCCUGUUUCUGAACGCAUUAAAUUCAAGAUUAUAUUACUUACCUGUAAGGCUCUUCAUCAACAAUUUCCUGUCUACAUUCAAGAUCUAGUAACGUACUACCAACCUUCCAGAAUCCUCCGAUCAUCACACUUACUACUUCUUAACCCCUCGAAUUUUCACCUGAGGACGUAUGGUUCUCGAGCUUUUGCUGUUUCCGCUCCUGAACUCUGAAACAGUCUACCUGUUUCUAUCCCCUCAUGUGACAAUCUAAGUUCUUUUAAAUCUAAACUCAAAACUCAUCUUUUUAAGAAAACUUAUUAUUCUUAGCGAUUUUUACUUUUUAUUACUUUCUUAAAUGCAUAUUUUUAAUUAUUAAGAUUAGUACAGCUCAUUUUGGCAAAUUGUACAGCGCCUAGAGCAGGCAUGGAUAGGCGCUAUUAUUAUUCGUCGAAAUCGUUCUUGAUAUCUUGCAAUCAGUCAUCAGUUCUACUUCCACAAAAUUAAUUGUCCUAAAGGACUCCUGCUGAACUGAGACAGCACAUGACUGAUCUGAGACAAAUAACCAUACAGAGUACUUCAUAUCUUUGUCUGUCUUUUCAUCUGAAUCUUCUUGAUU